AUGAGUUCUCCUUCGACAGCGGAGUUCUACUCCUCGAUAACAACCUUUCUGCAGUGUCUCAACUUGACCACGAAAUUUGAGGGUCAAGUCCCGAACGAGUUCCAGAUAAUAACCCAUGCAGAAGAGAAUGAUGGAGUUUUUAUUCGAUACACGUACAAUCCGUCCGAGAAAAAUGUGACGUAAGUGGGACGCGGGUGCAAAAUUUCAAUUUUAUGUGCCAGAAUUCAUCUAGUAAGUAGGUGACCCUAAUUUUGUGCAGUUUUUUAGUUCGAGAGGGAGGUAUUUUGCUGCGUUUUUGAGACUUGCCGGAUGCAAAAUGGCACGUUUUUUUGCCACCGGAUUAGGUCCGCCGCUGUAUCUUUGCUUCGCUGGUAGAUUCGGAAGUGAAGUUCUGAGGGAUUAAAAUGUGACGCAUUUGGGGUGCGCGCGAUAAACUUGAGAAAAUUUAUCAACAUCAAAUGUUACUUUCAGUGACGAGAAACUGGACUUGGUUGGCAAACAGACAGGCCUGAAAAAUUAUCGCUUUCACUUGGCGCUGGAAGAAGACAAGUUUCUCACCGGAGUUUCUGGAUACAAGGCUAAGGAGUGGGGCUUUAUCUUUAAAAUAUUUUUUUUGUAGGGAAUGCCUGGUUUUUGAUAAGAAAACCAAAAAUGUAGAUUUUUAGUACUAUGUAGAUUUUUACAACAAGAAAAGAGAACAGGGGGCCAAUGCAGAAAGCCGGCCUCUGCACGCCUCUGAGGUGACUAGACAUGGCUACCGGGCUGGGCCGUCCCGGAAUAGUUAAAAUCCAGAAUCUCGAAGCGAAAAUUGGGUUUGCUAAUGUUGUGGGUAGGUAUUUACCGUAGACCCUGGUUCUCAGUCGUUUGAAAACCUUAUACAAUCUGAAGGCGUUUGCAUUCAAUACUUUAUUGAGGAGACCCUACGUAUACGCGUCCGUAUGCGGAGCCUACAAUAAAACCAACUGGGGAAAAUCGGGGUGCGCAUCUCUCUUUAACCCGGCGCGCGGGGCUAUGAUUGAUUACGCGCCACGACACUAAUGACAAUAAAUGGAAUGUCAAAACACAAUUUUUUGAAGGUAUUUUUGUUUUUAGAUACCUACGGGACACAGUACAGGGUGUUUCAAGAAAUUCCGCGGAAAGUCGUCGUCGAUUUCUCGGCGCUCAGCCACGAUAUCCAAAAAAUUUUUUUUGCAGUAGGAAGAAGGUAGUGGGCGGUUUUUUGCCUAAAAAGAUUUUUUUCUACGCCGACGCGGAAUGCAAUGUAUUUGGCGGAGAUAUUUGAUAGCUUUUUUGACAAUCCCACUUAUCUCAAACGCUGUAUUACGAAUUUUGACGGUUCAAAAGAGGAUGAAUCUUGAUGAUUGAAGGAGGAUUUGCAUAUUUCUAUGUUUAUCAAGCAUUCGGCGAAGGUAUGGCGGACGCUUUCCAUAUCGGCGGAGGCCAUAACUCAUCUUCGGACAAAGACACAGAGCUGGGAAAUGGCUCGAAAUGAUUCAUGCGCUCAGCACUGGGGUUGAUCAGAGCACAUGAACCAUUUUGAGCAAUUCCCCAGCUCUGUAUCUUUAACCAAAGAUGUGUUAUGGCCUCCGCCGAUUCCUCCGCCAAACUGAGAAUAAAUUUGAUUUUCAUAAGAAAUGAUGAAGGAUGGUGUCAACCAGAGCACAGGAAUCAUUUCGAGCCAUUUCCCAGCUCUGUGUCUUUGUCCGAAGAUGAGUUAUGGCCUCCGCCGAUAUGGAAAGCGUCCGCCAUACCUUCGCCGAAUGCUUGAUAAACAUAGAAAUAUGCAAAUCCUCCUUCAAUCAUCAAGAUUCAUCCUCUUUUGAACCGUCAAAAUUCGUAAUAAAGCGUUUGAGAUAAGUGGGAUUGUCAAAAAAGCUACUCUGAGAGCCGAGAAAUCGACGACGACUUUCCGCGGAAUUUAUUGAAACACCCUGUAUUUAUCCAUUUACAUGACGAUAGAAAAAAAUUUGGUCAUAACGAGCUAGACUUGGGGAGACUUUUGUUUCAAUGGGCCGGCCCGGGCCGGGCCGAAGCAAAUUUGAAACAGGCCAUGCCGGCCGACGAGCCAACUCAUCUGUGAAUUUGCAGGAUUUGCCCCGUAUUCAACAAAGCUUUCGAUUCAGAUCACUGCAUGAAAAAGUCAUUUUUCGAAAUUUUGGGACAUGAUUUGGUGAGGAUUGGGUGUUUGCAGGAAAUAAAGAAUUUACCGUUCAAAUUGAACGGAACGAAGCUUGAACCGUACGGACGCAAAACCGCGGACCAGUUCAACUGCGAGAGCAAGCUAGCAGUGUUUGGAGAUAAGAUUGUCUUCAAAAAUAAUGGAGAGGACGUCUGCAAAGAAAUAAAUUGGGCUUCGGAUCACGUUUGGAAAGCGUCGGAAUGCGCAAAGGACGAUAAAUACAAGUUGAAUACAAAGAACUUCCUACUUUUUCCAUUAGUAAGUCAAAAAAACGGGUCCCGACUUUUCGGGUCAGGGAGAGGUCGGGUCAACGACGGUUUAACGAUACCGUUUAAUGUUUCCGCUUCGGGACUAGGAAAACAGAAUUUUUUGAAGAACAUUCAGGUUGAUUCUCCACAAAAAAUCUUUUUUUUUGUUUUCUUGUCCCGAAGCGAACACGUUUUAAAAUUUUGUUCAAUUUUCACAAAAAUUCUUUUUUUCCAGUCCCGAAACGAAAAAAUUAAACGAUACCGUAUCGUUAACCCGAAAUGUCGUUGACCCGAGCUGUCCCUGACCCGAGACGCCGCACAUCAACCACAAAAAAAGUUUCAAAUCGGGAAAACUGUUUGCAAAGCUUUGUUAGGGUGCCCAAGGGUAGCUCAAAUUAAAAAUUGGAAACGAGUCGGACUGACUAAAAAAUAGUAGAUUUGAACCUUAUUUUAGACAUCUUUUGCUACUAAAUCGUUUCGUAACGAAGCAAUUGCCUAAAUUCAUUUUUCUAUGAGCAUAAUUAGAGUAGUUUUAGAGAACAAUAAGCAACCCUGUGUCAUAUACUAGCUUACUCACUCAAAAUCCAAAAAAACUGAUAUUUAGGUGACUAAAAUAAUAUUUUAAAAAUCGGUAAAUUUUGACUCAGCUAGGUCCACUAUGAUCUAAAAAGACAAUAAGAGCAUAAUUAGUGGCAUCCGCACCAGUUUAGAAGCUGUUCUAAGAACCUUGUUUUAGGUGGUAUUGGCCAUUUUUGAAAUUGGCGCAGCGAAGUUGAAACCAACUCCAAAAGCUCAGUAUAGCCUUAGAAAGCCAUCUCAACUCACAUAGAUAGUUUUAAAACUUUGACUUCAGUCAUAAACUUUCAUUAUUUUUGGUAUAAGGUCAGGUAUGCUACUAUAAGGUAAAACUUUUUUUUCGGCCUGAGAGUUAAAAUUUUUGCAAUUAAUCUCCCUUAACAGGAUGUUAUGAGAUAAUAUAGUUAAUUAAUUAAACUAUUUAACGCUGUCGGACAUUAAAAGUUGCCUAAAGUAAUAUAAUCCAUAAGGUAAAAAGCUUAAAAUCGCAUCUACUUUUUUAUUAUUUGUCCGAUUUGCUUCAAACUUCGCAUACUACCUUAGAAUACAAUAUUCUGAAGAUCGUUGCAAUCACUUUCCGUGUUUCAAUAGUUUUAGACAAGUUAUUCGGCCGCAAAGUUUGCAAAAAUUCGAUUUUCUCCGGCAGUUUUUCGCUAACCUGGUGGCCGAAGAACGCCAAAAUCCAUUAAUUAAAAAAAUAUGGGUCCUUGGUAAUGUUUCAAUUGCAGGUUCAUGUUAUUUUGUUCAUUACCCACUGCACAGUAAGCUAAAACAUUAGAGACCCUUAAAAAACCGAAUGCCAAAAAUCUUGGCAUUCUCUUUGUGGUUGAUGUGCGCCGUAGCGCCAAAAAAUUGUUUUUGUUUUAUUUGUAAUCUAAUUCUUGUUUUCAGAACUACAUUCUUAUUAAAUUUUCGGUGGGAGGAUGUAAUCCACCUGGUCCUGAGGUAUCCGAUUAUUUGAACAACACCUACGUCAAGUACCUGUACAAUCCGAACGAAAGAUCGUGGGUCCUCACUUUCUGUGAAUUAUAUUUUUUUAGAAGUUCCGAGGAUGUGACGAUUGCGCAAGAUGAAUCCCCGAAUUGGGCGCUGAUAGGAGGAGGCAUUGGCGGGGCGCUGGUGUUCCUCUUACUGCUGAUAGGGCUGGCCAUUUUUCUAAUUCGGCGAUACAAAUAG